UCACACACCUUUAAUUUGAAAUAUUUUUUUUACAGUUUUUCAAAAUAAAAUCAAUCAAUCAUGGCGGAUUCUGUGAUUUCCGACAUUGAUUGGGAUGAAGGCAUUGCCAUGCCAGUGGCAAAUGUAGAAAACAAAACACUUGAAAAUGAACUGGCAGAAACAAGAAAAGAGAUUUCUCUUUUGACAAACGACCUCAGCGGCAAUGAUGAUAGGGUCCAUGCGAUGUCCCAACAUUUACAAAAUGUCAGACGUGAGCUGACACAUAACAUGGCUCUGAUUGAUGCCUAUUUGAAAGAUUUUGAGACUGAAGAACAUAUGAUUUCUAUAGCCCAACGUGAAGAUGGCCGCUUAAAUCAAGAAGUACAGAGGUUGGAAAAAGAUUUAACUCUUUUACGAGAUCAACAUAAUUCAUUUGAAAAUAAAAUAUUUCUGGACACCCAACAACUCGAAAAUUUAAAAUCUCAAAUGAAUUGGGAUCAAGAGGCAUUAGAAGCUUGGCUCGAAGAAUCGGCGAGACGUGAUGAGGACGCUAUUACAUUAAACAAAUACACUCGUCAAGAUGAGUCGAAGGUCAAAGAGCUUGGGCUUCUAAUUAAGCAUUUAACGGAAGAAGCACAGCAGAAACGUAAAUUUCUUGACCAGGAGACAACUGAGACAUUGUCAGCUCAAAUUGAACUUGAUAAGACGGCAGAAGAAUUCAGAAAAUCCCAUUCGACGAGAUUAGACUUGAUUAGACAAUGGGAGAUCACUAUCGAGCAAAUGCAGCGUCGUGACAGAGAAAUGGACCAAGCCGCUGUUGAGCUCGCAAGGACUAAGGAAGACAUCCGAUUACGAGAACAAAUAAUUGCAGAAAAGCAACUGUUUUUAGAGAACGAAUCAGAAAAUAAUCAAGAGAUGGAAAAGAAAAUUGCUUCCCAAGAACGUCUUGCCGCCAAGCUUCGAAUCCAGUACCAGGAACAUGAAAAUAAUCGAAUGCAACUUGAAGAUGAGCUGGAUACUUUGAAGUACACGGUAGAGAGAACAGCGACAGAUUUGGAAAGCAUCAAAAGCAGUGUCACAGGAUUGAAAAAAGAAAUUGUAUCGAAAAAUUUAAAACUCCAGCAAGCAACUCUAACUCGAGAACAGUUGCAAGACAAAUUAUCAGCUGCAAACCAGGGCGUUUUAAGUGCUGAAGAGCAAGCUGCUUUGGCUGAAGAAAUGCUCAAUAAAGAAGAAGAAUCGUUAAAAGAGUUUGACCAAGAAUUAAGAAGAAUAAGAGACCUUCAUUUCAAGAAAAAGGAAGAGUUACAUUCCGUCAUGACGAGUGAGAAAAACGUCGCAGCUUCAAUUCAAGGAAGUAGAGCUGCUAGUAAGAAUCUUUCUUCGCGACUCAAUAAACUCGACCAACAAUCUGUUAAACAGCAGGAGAUUAUUUAUAAUCAGGAUUUCACUAUUCAACAACUGGAACGUAGAAUUGCAAGAAUGCGAGGUGAAAUCAACACGGAGGAAAAGAAAGAGUUGGAAGCUCGUAUUGCAUCUCUUACAGCAAGCCUUGAAGACAAAAACAACAUACAUAUUGUUCUUACAACACAAUUAAAACGCCUACAAGAUGAUAUAAGGAGACAGAAACGUGACAUGGACAAAACAGGAACGGAAAAAUCCGGCUUAACAAGCAAAAUUGAAGAACUAGAGUUGCAUAAUGAAAUCUCACAAAAAGAACUGAAAGAAACAAUCGAGACAAAACAAAGUUCCAUGGUUGAAGACAGCAUUUUGAAGCUUGAGAUCAAGAGACUGACAGAUAUGUUGAAUGAAAAGGCUGACAACGUUUUCUCUCUUGAAAAACGAAACUUACAACUCGCAACAGCAAUGAAAGAGCGCCAAAAGGAGAUUACGAUUCAUAAAGACAUGAUUUUUAGUCAAACAAAAGCAGCUGAGGAAGAGCGUAAGACUAUAAAUGCGGAACUUCACCAACGUCUGGCUAAAAUUGACAAAUUACGCAAACGUUAUGAAAUCCUUAUGGUCUCAAUGGCGCCACCAGAAGGCGAAGAGGUCAAAUCUCAAGCGUAUUAUGUCAUAAAAGCAGCACAGGAUAAAGAAGAACUUCAACGUAAAGGCGACGAGGUUGACGCAAAGAUUAGAAAAGCAGAAAAGGAAAUUCGAGCUUUGGAAAACACUCUGCGACUUCUGAACAGCCGAAAUGAAACUUAUCGCAAGUCAUUCAACAAAGUCACUGAAACUAGCGAAGAGUAUGAAACAAAAGCACAAUUGGAUGAAAAACUUCGUGCCCUGAUGGACAAGUAUAAAUACAAACGUCGACAGAAGGAAUUGCAAGAGGAUCUCCAAACAAUGAGCAGUGCAAUGGACACGGCAAGCCGAGAUGAAACAGCUUAUAUGGAAAUGGUUCAAGAGCGUAAAAGCAGACUCGCACAACUCCAGAAAGAUCUUGAAGAGCAAGCUGCGAAAGCUGAUCGAGUUAUGAACCAAAUUUAUAAGACAACACGAGAAGUGAGAACACAACAAAGUGUGAAAGGUCCCAUUCAAGAAGAAAAGGAUAUCGAUUUACGAAGUCUGCGUGAACGUAAUAGAAAUAUAAGCAAGCAAGUUUCGAACGCUGUCCAACAAUUCCCAGAAAUGUACACUAUGGUUGAGAUGUAUUAUCAUCAAGUUGGACUUCCUGUUCCUACUGCUAAACCAAGCUCUCAGGGGUCAAGGAGCAGCUCUGUGCGAUCAAGCGCGAGAUCUUCACCACGAAGCGUUCUUUCUUCGGUAGGAAGUCCUGAAGUUCCGGCAGAUGAUUUCGGAAUGCGUGUCACUUCCCCUGCUGGAUCACAAAGGUCACGACAGUCAAGUGCUCGAAGUUCCCGAUCUGGUGUCGGAUCUCGCCAGUCCAGGCCGUAAUUUAAAACUGCUUUAAAAGACUGUUGACUCUUUGAACCUUGGGUCAAGCAUGAAUUGUGCUUUAAAAGCAUAAUAUUAUUUUGGCUCAUGCUUGCUUAUACAUAUUUUAUUGAUAACGACGUACUACUUUCAUUUCGCACAUUUUUGUUAUCUUUAGUCAAGUUAUUAAAAUGCGUACUUCAGC